CUUGAUGGCCGAAGCCGUGAGUAGUUUUCCUGCCGGUUGCUUCGAGCUAAGCCGUAGGCGCGGAGCCACACUGGGAAUGCAAGAUGGCACCUCCCGGCCGCCUUGUGGCGCAGGUUGGGGCGCCAUGGGAUUUACCUGGAGCAAGAACCUUUUCAACGGAGGCGUCUUGGCGGCUGGCGCGGACUGGUGGUGUGAGGCAACUCCGGAGAAGAAGGAGCUCACUUCCGUCUACGGGGGCGUCCGCCAUUGGGAGCGUGGCAGAUCAGCGAGUAGAACCACCGGCUGUGCAUACGUCCUGUGCAACGAAGAAGGCCACAUGAGCCGAGACUGUCCCACUACUGACUCGGGAGGACGACGACGCUGCGGAAGAGGCUGCUUCAAAUGUGGCGAGGAAGGCCACAUGAGCAGAGACUGAUGUGCGUGGGACACACCAAGAUACGGGCCGCUCCGCUUCCUGUGUGGCCA